AUGUCUGGCCGUCCGAGUCGCGCCAAAUCAUGGCGUAUGGCGUCUUCGCUCUCCCUCUUUUUCCUUGCUUUCCUUGCUCUGUUUUGUUUAUGUCCCGCUGUUGCAGCGGGUUCGAACAGUGAAUACGACUUGGGAACAACUUAUUCGUGUGUCGGCGUUCAACGCGGUGGUCGUGUCGAAAUUAUUGCCAAUGACCAGGGUCAUCGUAUAACACCCUCAUGGGUCAGCUUCACUGAUGACGAGCGGCUAGUUGGUGAUAGCGCCAAGAACGCGUUCCAUUCAAAUCCGACUAACACUGUAUUCGACGCUAAACGUCUCAUUGGUCGAAAAAUGGACGACUUGGAAUUAAAGCGUGACAUCAAACACUUUCCCUUCGACAUUGUUGACAAGGGUGGUAAACCCGCUAUUUCCAUAGGUUACAAGGGCGAUACACGCCAAUUUACUCCAGAGGAGAUCAGCGCCAUGAUUCUGACGAAGAUGAAGGAGACCGCGGAAGCCUAUCUCGGCGAGAAGGUUACUCACGCAGUAGUAACUGUCCCCGCAUACUUCAAUGACGCCCAGCGUCAAGCCACGAAGGAUGCUGGUACGAUUGCCGGGUUAAACAUUCUUCGUAUUAUCAACGAGCCUACCGCUGCCGCUAUCGCCUAUGGUCUUAACAAGAAGGGGGCGAGAGGAACUUUCGAUGUUUCUUUGCUUUCGAUCGAUGACGGUGUCUUUGAGGUCCUGGCAACUGCUGGUGAUACCCACCUUGGUGGUGAGGAUUUCGACAACCGUGUCAUCGACUAUCUGGUCAAACAGUAUAAGAAGAAGACUGGAACUGACGUCACCAGCAACCUCCGCGCCAUGGGCAAGCUAAAGCGCGAGGUGGAGAAGGCCAAGCGCACUUUGUCGAGCCAACAAUCGACUCGCAUCGAAAUCGAAUCCUUCGAGGAUGGCAACGAUUUCUCAGAGACGCUCACUCGCGCUAAAUUCGAAGAGCUCAACAUGGAUCUGUUCCGCAAGACUAUGAAGCCCGUUGAGCAGGUACUGAAGGAUGCGAAGAUCAACAAAGAGGACGUUGACGAGGUUGUCCUUGUUGGUGGCUCGACCCGCAUUCCCAAGGUUCAACAACUCCUCAAGGAGUAUUUCGGCAAAGAGGCGUCAAAGGGUAUCAACCCCGAUGAGGCUGUUGCUUACGGGGCUGCUGUCCAGGGUGGUAUCCUCUCCGGUGAGGAGGGCACCGAAGAUGUUGUCUUGGUCGAUGUUAAUCCUUUGACACUUGGCAUUGAGACCACCGGUGGCGUCUUCACCAAACUCAUUCCCCGCAACACUGUCAUUCCCACUCGCAAGUCGCAGAUCUUCUCAACGGCUGCUGACAACCAGCCUACUGUCCUGAUCCAGGUCUUCGAGGGUGAGCGAUCAUUGACUAAGGACAACAACCUCCUUGGCAAGUUCGAACUCUCGGGUAUUCCCCCUGCUCCUCGUGGUGUUCCUCAGAUUGAGGUUACAUUCGAGAUCGACGCCAACGGUAUAAUGAAGGUCGGUGCCGCUGAUAAGGGAACUGGUAAAUCUCAAUCAAUCACGAUUACGAAUGAGAAGGGUCGUCUCUCUAAGGAGGACAUUGAGCGCAUGGUCCGCGAGGCCGAAGAUUUCGCCUCUGAGGACGAAGCUAACCGCAAGCGCAUUGAGUCUCUCAACGCCCUGUCCACGUUCGUUUACGGACUCAAGUCACAACUCGGUGACCAGGCCGGGCUUGGCGGCAAGAUCGACGACGAGGACAAGAAGACCCUCCUCGCGACCAUCAAGGAGGCCACGGAGUGGAUUGAUGACAACGGCCAGAGUGCCUCCACUGAGGAGUUCGAAGAGAAGCUGUCGGAGAUUCAGAGCGUCGUUAGUCCCAUCACGAGCAAGCUCUACAAUGGAGGAGGUGCAAGCGAACCCGAGGAUGAUGAACCUUAUUAUGACCACGAUGAGCUGUAA